AUGCCGGCGGGGCCGCCGCUGCUGCGGGGCCCCUUCCUCCUCCUCUUCUUCAUCCUCUUCUUGCUCUUCCUCGGCGCCCCGGCCCGGGGAGCCGUCUACACCAACCAUUUCUUGGUGGAGCUGCACGGCGGGGGCCAGGCGGAGGCCGAGCGGGUGGCGGCGGAGCACGGCUUCGGCGGGGUGCGGAAGCUCCCUUUUUUAGAUACUGGAUACUUCUUUUAUCAUAAUGGCAUUGCCAAGGCCAGGAGAAGACGCAGUCUGCAACACAAGCUUCAUCUGGAAAAGGAUUCCAGGGUAAAGAAAGCUGUGCAACAGGAAGGCUUCAGCAGAAGGAAGCGAGGAUACAGAGACAUCAAUGACAUCGACAUCAAUAUGAAUGAUCCUUUAUUUACGAAGCAAUGGUACCUAAUUAACACUGGUCAAGCAGAUGGGACUCCUGGACUUGACCUUAAUGUAGCUGAAGCAUGGGAGCUGGGAUACACAGGGAAGGGAGUUACCAUAGGAAUUAUGGAUGAUGGAAUUGAUUAUCUGCAUCCUGAUCUUGCAUCGAAUUACAAUGCCAAAGCCAGCUAUGACUUCAGCAGUAACGAUCCCUACCCCUACCCCCGCUACACGGAUGACUGGUUUAACAGCCAUGGGACGAGGUGUGCAGGAGAGGUGUCUGCUGCUGCCAACAACAACAUAUGCGGCGUGGGAGUUGCCUACAACUCCAAGGUGGCAGGUAUUCGAAUGCUCGACCAGCCAUUUAUGACAGACAUUAUUGAGGCUUCCUCUAUCAGUCAUAUGCCUCAAGUCAUAGAUAUAUACAGUGCCAGCUGGGGACCCACUGAUAAUGGAAAGACUGUGGAUGGACCUAGAGAGCUAACACUGCAAGCGAUGGCCGAUGGUGUGAACAAGGGCCGAGGCGGCAAAGGAAGCAUCUAUGUGUGGGCCUCUGGAGAUGGGGGCAGCUACGACGACUGUAACUGUGAUGGUUACGCAUCCAGCAUGUGGACAAUCUCCAUCAAUUCUGCUAUAAACGAUGGACGGACGGCUCUGUAUGAUGAAAGCUGCUCUUCAACCUUAGCCUCCACCUUUAGCAACGGGAGGAAGAGAAAUCCGGAGGCUGGCGUGGCUACAACGGACUUGUAUGGGAACUGCACGCUGCGUCACUCGGGAACGUCUGCAGCUGCCCCUGAAGCCGCCGGAGUGUUCGCCUUGGCCCUGGAGGCUAACUUGGAUCUGACAUGGAGAGACAUGCAGCAUCUGACAGUGCUCACCUCCAAGAGGAACCAGCUUCACGAUGAGGUUCAUCAGUGGCGUAGAAAUGGCGUUGGGCUGGAAUUCAACCAUCUGUUUGGCUACGGUGUCCUAGAUGCAGGAGCAAUGGUUAAGAUGGCGAAAGACUGGAAGACUGUCCCCGAGAGAUUCCAUUGUGUUGGAGGCUCAAUACAGGAACCUGAAAAGAUACCACCAAGUGGCAAGCUGCUCCUCACACUCACCACUGACGCUUGCGAGGGGAAGGAAAACUUUGUGCGCUACCUUGAACACGUCCAAGCAGUUAUAACUGUGAAUUCUACCAGGCGAGGAGACCUCAACAUCAACAUGACCUCGCCCAUGGGAACAAAGUCCAUUUUACUGAGCCGGCGCCCCAGGGAUGACGACUCCAAGGUGGGUUUUGACAAAUGGCCUUUCAUGACCACACACACUUGGGGAGAAGACCCCCGAGGCACCUGGGCCCUAGAGAUUGGGUUUGUGGGCAGUCUGCCGCAGCGGGGCGUGCUGAAGGAGUGGACACUGAUGCUGCACGGGACUCAGAGCGCACCCUAUAUAGACCAAAUAGUAAAGGAUUAUCAGUCCAAACUGGCCAUGUCCAAGAAGGAAGAGCUGGAAGAAGAAUUAGAUGAAGCGGUGGAGAGGAGCCUGAAGAGUAUACUGAGCAAGAACUAGUGCUGUUCUGCAUGACGUGUCUUUCCUUCCCCACAUCCCUCUACUCACCUUUCUACUAUCCAAACUCUGUGUUAGACAUAUUACAAUGAUCGUCUCUGUAGUCAAAUUAUCACUUAUUUCUUGAUUUUAAAGUCUUCUAUCUCGUCAGUAAUUAUUUUAAUUACCACUGAAGCAAUCCUUUUUCUACUCUGAACCACAAAUACACUGUCCCCCACCAAAUACUAUGUACAGUUUGUGACUGUAAAUGAUUUUUCUUUUGUGUCAUACAAAUAGGUAAUAACCUGCAAAGAAGUUGAUGGCUUUUCCCUUCAUAUUAUUGUGGUAAAUGUUGUUUGUAUUAAAAAAAAAAAAGACUGAAUUUUAACAUUGGCAGUUGGUCAUAAUGGACACACUUUUAAAAAAAUAUUGUGAGAGAAGGAAUCACAAAGAGGUUGGCUGGAGAGGUCUUUGAACAUCCAACAGCUCCUUCUGCAUCACUGACCUCAGUGGGACUUUCCCCACUGGGUUCAACCAAAGUAGCACUAGACCCUACAAAAAGAAAUAAUCCAGAGAUGAAGGAAAAAUUACCAACCUGUAAAUUUGCAUCAAUCCCAUUCGUUUGAGAGUUUUCCUUUAUACAUAUAUAUACACACUUACACAACAUACAGGGUAACACAUCAGCCACAGAAUGGGUCAGCAGGCAGGCAAUAACAGAGGCAAAGCGAUGCCAAAGCUGGGGGACACGGGGAAGUGCUUUGCAAACAGGGUCAGGGCAUUCUAGAAGCACAAGUUUCAUUUUUGUUUGCCUUUUUCUUUUUUUUUUUUAAGUUUUGCCAAUUUAAAUCCAUUUACCAUCUUACAGCAGAAAGAGCAGAUAGGGAACGAGCUGUAGGAUUUCUGGCAGCGUGAGGCGAGGCCGCGUCAGCGUUUCCAACCACAGACCCCUGUUUUAUGGGGUUUUACAACCCGGCUGUCGGUAAAUUGCUGCGGGAGAAAGCUGAAGUUGGCAGCUUCAGCCCCAAAGCAAUUUUGUAUUCAAAUUUCAUUUUUUAAAAUAGAGUUGUGUUAUUUUUAGGUUAUACAAAUAUAUUUAAGGGGGAAAAUACGCCUAAGUUAUUAAUGUGUCAUGCAAAGUUGGCCUUCUUGGGAAAUAAAAUGUAGUGUGUUUGAGCAGAUUUGUUGUUAAUUAUUGCUCUUUGCUGCUUAAAGAGUCAGUCCCACCUCCACUUUUCAUACACGAGUGAAAUCAAUCUCUCUCGCCCUUGGAGUCUGCUCUCUCUAUUGCCACAAGACAUCCAACCUUCUCCUCGGUGGGAAUUACUCAUGGUAGCAACCACUACAUGUUCUCAGGUGUGAAAUCCCAAAUUUAACCUUUGAAUAAUAAAGAGUCUUGAUUCUGCAAAUAUUUAGGCACUCACUUACCUAAAGGCCAUCAGUGGACCUACUCAAGUACAAAUUUUAAGCAAGUGCUUUGGAUCUUUGUAGGAUCCAAGAUCUACUUUUUAGCAGUGACUAGUUUCAGAAUUUUAUUACGUAUUUUUAAUAUGCAGAGUAUGAAUCUAAAACAUUUUAAUAAGAGUUGUUCUGGUUGAUCAGGUGCAUAGUAGUAGAAACGCAUUCAGUAAAUAAAUAUUUAUCUAACAAAUUAAAAAUGUAACCCAAAGGUUAUAUGGUGGACACGUUUCACUUAAGAAUGUAUAAUCUAUGCUGUUAUUUCUGGUGAAUAUCUGUCUUUUAUCUUUCCAUAAGAGGCCUGUUCUUUCCUUCACCGAUCCAAAUGCAAAAUAAAGAGCUCAACCUACUCAAAGUCUAGGUGACUUACCUCUUACAGCCAGGACAAGCAGCCCCACGCUACUCACAGGUUCCUCGUUGGUGUGGCAGCCCCUUCAGACGGUCCAGUCCCGCUGGGAUGAGAUGGGCAUCGGUGGGAGAAGAACCAGGCCCCGUGUGACUUUUAUUUUUGAAGUCCCAAUACAUUAUAGUGCCAACUGUGUUUAAUUUGGUGAUUUAAAACUAACCCAAAACUUAACAGAGGGGCCCAUUUCAAAGGGUGGAGUUCAUGAGGCUUGAGCCAAAACUCACAGAAGUUACGUGGGUCAGGGACACAGUUGCUUGUGUCUUUGGAAGCCAAGGGAUGGCGGGGGAAGGCACCCAGAUCCCACAAAAAGCAGCGUACACAUAGCAGAGGGAAGAAUCUACCAUCUAUAUAGAUCUAUAUUUAUGCAUACACCUGUACGUCUAAAUGAAUACAACACACCUGUGGUAUCUCUCUCUGUAUCUAUAUAUUACAUACGAUAUGUAUAUUUGCAUAUGUUACAUAUAUUUGCUUAUAAAUAUAUCUAAAUUACAUACGGUAUGUAAUAUAUAAUACAUAUACGCACAUCAUAACCUUUUGUGUGUAUGUGUUCAAAGAAAGAGGUAACUGGAAGCUUUUCAAGGACUUCUAAAAUGUGGAAAAAGUUCUGGAAUAAGAAAAGUCCAUGUGGAAACCUUAAAUGGCCGUGUACAUGACUUUCCAUUGCCUUUAUGUAAUUUUGCAGUUCUCUGUUCAAUCAUUAAAUAUCUUACAAAGCAGCAAAAUAAGUAGAUGGUUGUUCAUAUUUUCAUAAUGCUGACAUAAUUUAUUAAGUGAAAGAUCACGAUAAUGAGUGAUAUACAGAAAUGGUGAGUUUUGAUAUAAGUAUAUAAAAACCUAAGUGUAUAUACAAUAUAGAGAUCUAGUUCAAAUUCUUCAAGAUUUUUGCAUCAGGGGAUCACUGAAAAAUAUGUCCAGUCAGACUAAGUUUUUAUGGUGUUGCUGAUGGAAAAUAAAGUUAAUUUGUUAGCAUUUAUAAUAAAGGGGGAAAUGAAGCUCAUGAUUUGAAACAGGUGAACACUGUUUAACUAAAGCCCUGUGAUGAUGUUUUAUAAUACGAGUAAAAUAAAGAGCUGUUGUAACCUGG